CCAAUGUCCCCCGUCAUCAGCAGUCUUGACGGCUCAAAGGCCACCGUUAGCGUUACCUCCGGCUUCACCAUCGCCAACUCUCUCAAAGUCGGUGCUAGUUUCAGUAUUCCUAUCAUCAAGGAUAUUCUUACCGCUUCAUUGAGUAUUGAUUAUACCGAGACUUGGACUUCAAGCCAGCAGCAGUCACUGUCUUUCCAGGUCCCCGAAAACCACCACGGUCUCAUUGUCAGCCAGCCUUAUGUCCGACGUGUUCAGGGCAAUGUUCUUGACGGAUGCGGUGAUGAUAUCGAGAAGACGGAGUUUACAUCGGAAUCGUACGAGAGUCAGACUUAUGGAAACCUUGAAUGGGUUAAGGGUAUUAUUCGUCUAUGCAGCAGCGAAACUUACCCCGUUCCUUUCUGCAAUGGUGAAGGCGAGCACAAAUAAGACCCUCAAGCUUAGAGCUCAG